GCAAAAUGGCUAUGGCAGUGGCUUCCUUCGUCGCCGCUUCGCACCACCACGGCAGUCACCUGGCCGCCGGCGUCCCCUUCUCCGCGCGAGUAGGCAGGAGCUUAGGCCGCAGUGGCGUCACCAUCUACAUGAGAGCCCAGAAGAAGCGCAAUAGUGAAUCUGGGAGCAGUAGCGGAGGUGGGGACGUGCGGGCCAGCAGCGGGCGGCGAGUGUGGCGUCGUCGGAAACUGACCAAAGAGGAUGACAUGUUGCGUUACAAGUUGGAUCGUAUCCCUUUUCUAGAGGAGAAGGUGAGAAAAGUAAGGGAGAAUGGGAAGAUCAUAUGCCUGGACAUUAAUCAGCUGAUGUUAUCUCAAGAGAAUAGAUUUGCAUUCACCAUGGAGGUGGCUGAAGAAGCUAAUGUCUAUCUUGAGAAGAACAGGCAUGAAUAUGGGCUGAAGAAGCCUAUACUGCAUGUUCUCAGUGACCGCAUGAAUGAAGCUGGGUUUUCUCGGCCUGAGGGUUACCUUUAUCCUUAUCCUAUUAAGCCUGGUCCUUAUUUCAUUAAAGAGGAAGGAAAUUGAGUAAAAUCACGUGCUACUUGUAACAGGAUUAUCAUUUUCAACAACUAUAGUUUGGCCUGCAUCCAGACAAAAGAACAUAUUCAGGUAUGGUAUUAAUGGUCUAGCAAUUAAUAUAUUGCACAGAAGCAAGAGCGAAUCCCAUACCUGCAGAUACAUUGAAGAGAAGAAUUAAAAGGAUGAUGCCAAGUGCAAAAGUGUCUUUAGGCAUAUUUUGUUCUCUUCGACUGGUAUGUUAUUGCCUUAGGAGGAUUCAUGGGGACGAGCUAUCACACUUCUGCCCCUUUUAUACAUGGGUGCUGGCUGAGACAGCUAAAGAUGAAAUAAGUUGUGACAUUAUGUAUGGUCUACUAGUAAUAAUUCCUGUACAGGGUUAUGAUGAAACACGUCACCCAACAGCACAAGGUCAACUACAUUCGGCACUUGGCAGAAGCUACUUUAGAAGUCGUACUGCCUUUCUAGUAACUAAGGCCAAAGUAAACUAAAACCUAUCAUGUUUUAGUAGUUGAUACAAUGCCUUUUGUAUUAUACUUUUCUGAUCUGUGCCAGAUUAUGUAAUGGCACCUUAGUCUUGGAAUGCUACAUAGCAUGAGGUGUGCUUGUAGUUCUUUGGUCAUGUAUGCAUUAACUUAUAUGGAUCUCUAUUAUUUUUUG